AUGUGUGAAGCAGAGAAGUUUAUAUACCACAAGAAGAAGCUCUUAUUAGAGAUGAAGGUCAAGUUUCUAGGAGACAGCAAGUUGAAGAACUCCUUGGUUUCCAAGUCUCGUAUGAGCCUUUGGAUGAUCCGUGCUAUCACCAUACUGUUGCUAUGGAGCUGUUGUGUUCAUCUGGUGGCGGUGGGAGGGAUGUGGGGACCUAGAUUGUUGAAAGGAUGGCCUUCUUGUUUCAACAGUCACCAUGAUCUCCCAAUGGCUUCACAGGAAAUGACUUCUCUUCCAAUGAAAAUAGCCCUCCCUCCUAAAAGGCUAUAUCAGAACAAUGGCUAUCUUAUGGUUUCUUGCAAUGGAGGACUCAACCAAAUGCGAGCUGCGAUAUGUGAUAUGGUGACUAUUGCAAGAUACAUGAAUGUCACACUUAUUGUCCCAGAGCUUGACAAGACCUCUUUUUGGAAUGAUCCUAGUGAGUUCAAAGACAUAUUCGAUGUGGAUCACUUCAUAACUUCUUUGAGAGAUGAGGUUCGUAUACUCAAAGAGGUUCCUCCAAGACUUAAGAGAAGGGUUGAGCUUGGCGUUUACCACACCAUGCCUCCUAUCAGCUGGUCCAACAUGUCCUACUACCAAGACCAGAUUCUUCCACUGGUGAAGAAGCAUAAGGUCUUACAUCUAAACAAGACCGACACUCGACUUGCCAAUAACGAACUUCCUGUUGAGGUUCAGAAGCUGAGAUGCCGAGUAAACUUCAACGGGCUUAGGUUCACUCCAAAGAUUGAGGAGCUAGGUAGAAGAGUGGUCAAGAUCCUGAGGGAGAAAGGUCCCUUUCUCGUUCUCCAUCUCAGAUACGAAAUGGACAUGCUGGCAUUCUCUGGUUGCUCACAUGGUUGCAACCGCUACGAAGAGGAAGAACUCACAAGAAUGAGAUAUGCUUAUCCAUGGUGGAAGGAGAAAGUGAUAAACUCAGAGUUGAAGAGGAAAGAAGGUCUUUGCCCAUUAACUCCAGAAGAAACAGCUCUGACGCUGUCUGCCUUGGGGAUUGACCGUAAUGUUCAGAUUUACAUAGCUGCCGGAGAGAUAUACGGUGGUAAAAGGCGGUUAAAGGCUUUAACAGACGUCUUUCCCAAUGUGGUGAGGAAAGAAACUCUGCUGGAUUCCUCUGAUUUGAGUUUUUGUAAGAACCACUCUUCUCAAAUGGCUGCUCUUGAUUACCUUAUCUCUCUGGAAAGUGAUAUAUUCGUUCCUACUUAUUAUGGGAACAUGGCCAAAGUUGUGGAAGGUCAUCGCAGGUUCUUGGGGUUCAAGAAGACGAUUGAGCUAAACAGGAAGUUCUUGGUCAAUCUUAUAGAUGAAUACUACCAAGGAUUAGUGAGCUGGGAAGUGUUCACGACCAGGGUGAAGGCCUUUCACGCUACAAGAAUGGGAGGUCCAAAGAAGAGGCUUGUGAUACCAAAUAAACCAAAAGAAGAAGACUACUUCUAUGCUAAUCCUUAUGAAUGUCUCCAGCUAUUACAUGAGAAUGAUAGUGGCAAUUCACUAGAUGAAACCAUAUGAUCAGAGCCACCACCAUUGUCCUACAUUUAGAUUUGGCAGGACAUGGAUGGGUGGAUAAUGGAGUUUAUCUAUGGGGAUUAUAUCAAUCUUGAGGAUGAGAUUCUUAAAGAGGUUAUGUAGGGUUCUUUGGUGUACAGAGACAUCUGAAGAGCUUCUGUGGAUGUAGAAGGAAGGCUCUGAAGUUUUCAUUGUAAAGUUUGCAGACUUGUCAUUUUGGCACCAUCACCUCCUCAUCCAUGGACCUGCAGUUUUGUAGCUGAAAAAUAAACAAUGCAGUGUAUAAUUAUGUUACACAUUAUUAGUUAUUUGAUUAAAUAAAUAAGUGUUCUGUUUCUUAUC